GCUAUCCCUCGGAAAUUGCUCUGUGGAGAGUGACUUGGUUUGGGUCGUUUGGCUGGAUCAAAAAACUGGGCCAGAGGGUGCCUACAGGCGACCUUUGUCGUCUGGUUCGACAUACCUGACAAAUUUACAUUAUAAGAAUGGGAUGGUACUUGCCCUGAACCACCACCAUGGGGCCGGAAAUGAACUCCAAUAAACUCAUUCAGAAAUACAUCUGGUUUUGUUGGAGAGUAGAAAAGGUUUAGUAUCUAUGGCUGCACUUCUAACCCCCACUUACCUGGGAGUAAGCCCCAUUGAAUUCAAUAGGACUUACUUCUGAGUAGAUAUGCUUUACUUUAAGGAACAUCCACAAUGAGUGACAAAAAAGACACUAGUGAAUCUUCAGACACUGGAGAUCCUACAGAAGGUGGGGACUAUGAGGAUGAUUUUGAAAAAGAUCUUGAAUGGCUAAUAAAUGAAGAAGAAAAACUAAUCUCUAAUGAUAUACAGAAUCAUGAUGAAAACAAAGAUGUUGAAAGUAGCAUUGAUAAAGACUUAGAAGGUAGAGAAGACAGAACAAAUUCUUCACAAGAGUCCCUUGAAGCUGAGGAGAUUCUGAAGGAUGCGGGAGGAUGCUCUUCACAAGAACCUCCUGAGCCUGAGGAAAUUCUGAAGGAUGAGAGGCCACUAAAUGAAAUUAGUUCUAUACUUGACCUUGAUACUAAACAGUUGGAGCAAGCAUCUGAUACUGACAGUGAAAGUUCCUGUCAGGAGUCAAAACUAGAAGACCAGGAUGAUGAUGAUGAAGAUAUAAAGCGUUACAUCUUAGAAAAAAUUGAAGAAGCCAACAAACUUCUGUUGUCUCAAGAACCCUUGGAUGAAACGAAAGAAAGGAAACUAAAAUUUAAGGAUGAUCUAGUAGAUCUUGAAGUCCCUUCUCUGCAAGCUAUAGAAACUGAUAAAAAUGAUCCUCGCAGGAACAUUUCAGGUAGGCUAUCUCAAUUGCGCAUUUGUAAUGAAGCAGGACAGGAAGAUAUAUCUCUUUCUAUUAAUGGUGGUACAGAUGAUGAGCACAAGGACGGCAAGAUCCUGGUAGAAAGAGAUGGGAAAUUCGAACUCCUGAGUAUCUGUGACAUUGAGAGCCAAGGCUUCUUUCCUCCGCUAAGUGUUUCUUUUAGUGACAUUGAAGCACAACACAUUUCUCCUAAAACUUCCUACAGUACUUCUUUUGGUAGUAUCUGUAUAACAAAAGAAGAGUCCGUAGGACAAAUACCUGUGACUUCUUGCUCUCCUUCCAGAGAAGGAUUUGUUUAUGUCCCUCAACCACCACCCAUUCGACCAUGCUCAGCCAUCAACAUUACAAGGAAUGUGGAAAGGGGGAAAAGUCCACGAAGGGUGCAGUCAGCAAAUGUGGGUAUUGGUAUAAGAAGCUCUACAUACUGCCUGUCGCCCAGGCAAAAAGAACUACAAAAACAAAUGGAACAAAGAAGAGAGAAAUUAAGGAAAGAGGAAGAAAUUCGGAAAAGAAUACUGGAGGAGGAGAAAAAGAGAGAGAAUGACACAGUCUUCAAAGCUUGGCUGCAGAAGAAAAAAGGACAAAUGCAGGAAGAGAAACGAAUUCAGCGUGCAAAAGAGCUGGAAGACUUGAACAGCAGACAGGAGAGCAGAGAUCCAGAAGAAGCUUUCAACUCAUGGCUUAAAAAAAAGCAAGAAGAACACAUGAAAGAAAAACAUAUUCAAAACCUGAAAGAACAGGAAGAGUGCAUGUUCUUUCUUCCAAGAACAGGAGAAAAUGACAAAGCUUAUAAACAAUGGCUGAAAAGGAAGAGACGGGAGAAGCGAGAAGAGCAGCUAGCUGCCAAAGAGCGAGCAAGGCAGUUUAGGCAGGAAGCCAGAAGAGCAAAACAGAUAGAGAAUAUUCUCUGUUCAAUUUCUGAACCGAAAUCUCUUCGCUUCACGGACCAGUACAGCUGAGGUUUAGAGUCACCAGCUGCCUACAGUAUGACUCUCAUAGUACUUUGUAUAGCUUGAGUGGCUACUCUUGGAAGCAGCUUCUUCUAGGAUGUUUCAUAGUCCUUCAAUAACGGCUUAAUUUUCUCAAUCUUACUAAUCUUUUCCCCCUCUUAAACUUGGAAUAAUUCUCUAUUUAUGAAUGGGUUGGGGUGGUUUUCUUAGUUCUACAAAGCAUGAAACAGAAUAAAUGCCCCUAUGGCAA